UAAUUCCAAUAAAUUCCAGACAUUAAUUUUCCGGAUAUAUUUUUCCAAAACCUCUAUCACAGUUUCAAACAUUAUAUACUUAUCUAAUCAUGACAUGCAACCAAGAUAUGAAUAAAAAUCUAUAUAAUAAUAUUUCCCUAAACUUUGAAUGAAUUCUGUUUUGACGAGAUAUUCCGAUGACGAAGCUUAUUGCAGUGCUAAUACAACACCUAAUGACGACAGAUCGCCUCAAAAUUCCCCCAACGAAUCCUUACGUUCUUCCCUGACGCCCAAGUCAAAACCUUCUCGUCACUUCCAAUUAUUCGCCGACGCAGUUCCCAUUCCUAAUUAUAAAAAUGGCUUAGCCAAUAAUAAAACGGGUUUCAACAACAAGAGUAUAUUAUUCAUCAAGCGGGAGGAAAAUGAAGAGAGUCACUGUAACGAAAACAUCAGCAACGCAAACUCUAUAUUGGACGACACCUGCUUGGACAAUAUUCAAGAUUACCUCUUCAACAAUUCUCCCAACUCGCCAACUAAUAGCUGCUCCCCCUUGGACUGCACCAUGAAUUCAAAUAACAACCAUUCACUCCAUUAACACCAAGAGUAUAAUAGUCAAACCCGGUGAUUACCCUACCCUCAACUUUGACUUCAUUCAAACUAAUAGCAACUAUCAUAAUAUCACAAAUUCUAAUAUCGAUGUUCGCCUCGAUAACUCGCUUUUAUCUAUCAACAGUAUUCGAUGCUUUAACUCGUUUCGUAAAAAGGAAAAUGAUAACGAUAAUAACAAUGAAAAUUAUUGUUGCGACGACAUCGUUAAAGAUCUUAGGAGCCUGGACUACGACUCGGUAGUUGAUUGCCUCCGGGACACAACCUCUUCCCGCCUUCAAAACGCGCUUCUCAAAAAUAAUAAAUUACUCGCUUCCACCAAUAGUAACUUGAACGAUGAUGAUGACGACGAUAUAGACAUAGACGAUCUGAACGAUUUAAAUCGAAUUGAUGAGAGAGACCAGGAGAUGAAUUUGGCCGGUGAACUCGACGAAGAGAUGAGGAGGAGGAGAACCCUUGAACCGGAAGACGAUGAUUUAAGGAGUGAAAUCAUGGAGCGAGAAUUGAUCCAGCCCGACAGUAGCACGCAUCAUAUUCAUAACUCUUCCAACUUUUACGCCCGCAAUUCUAAUAACAAUAAUAAAAUUGUGAGCGCUAAUAGUGGACGAAGUCAUACGGUCGCAAACGCCUAUAACGUGAAUGGCUUAAUUAAAACGAACCACGACAACAUCGAAAAUUCGGUCAUCCGCAAUAAUACCACCGAUAAUAUCGCAGUAAGUACCUUGAAUAACCGCGAGACCUCAACCAAUAACAAUCAUAACUUAUGUUUGGUAUGUGGGGACGUGUCCUCGGGUUUCCAUUACGGAGUGGCAUCUUGCGAGGCCUGCAAGGCAUUUUUUAAGCGAACUAUCCAAGGAAAUAUUGAGUACAGAUGUUUGCUAAACGAGAGCUGCGAGAUAUCCAAACGGAGGCGGAAGGCGUGUCAAGCUUGCCGACUGCAAAAGUGUUUUAACGUUGGCAUGCUCAGAGAAGGCGUACGUUUGGACCGGGUACGAGGUGGGAGACAAAAAUACGCCAGAGGAUUUCCCAAUGUAUACAAUUCAUCGUUCACUUAUAAAAAGAAUUUUCAAGAAGAACAAAAUCUCAUAAACUAUCUCAAAAACAUUCAACCACAAAACUUAUACGACAGCAACGAAGCUCAAAUACUCACUGAUAGGGAAAUUAAAUCUCAUUACAAUCACCUGGACGUUAUAAGCGCCCUAGCUGACAUUGAAUUAGUCGCCAUGGUCACAUGGGCGAAACAACUACCAGACUUUUCCAAGCUUUCUCUCAAUGAUCAAAUCCUUCUUUUUCAUUACUCCUGGAAUGAGAUGCUUCUGUUAAGUUUUAUCCAUAGAUCCUUGCCUUACAGCGGGCGACUUCAUUUCUCUCCUACCUAUUCCAUAAGCAAAUCCGAGUGGAGUCAAACUCCUAUGCAAGAGUUAAUGCACGCCAUUAGUGAAGUUGUCAAAAUCUUUGAGAUUAAUCUCUGCAAACUGAGCGUAGAAGAAUUUUUACUGCUCAAAGCAUUACUUGUCUGUAAUACAGAGGGGUUGAGCAAGAUACAGGGUAUCUCUAACAUUUCCAAGUUGAGAAAAAAUUUGCUGGACUGCUUGAAUCACGUGACACUCAUCACAAAGUGUUCCGAUCCAUAUAGAAUUAGUAAAAUUUUACUCUGUCUACCUUACCUACGACAAUUGGACAUCGAAUCUCGAAAUUUUUGGAACAAAAUCAAGAAAGAAGGAAAGGUUUGUCUCAGAAAAUUAUUCGUCGAAAUGCUAGAAGCAUUUUAGAUUCCACAAAGCAUAUUAUGAACAAAUAAUGGCAAUUAUAUUCUUUUAUUAUUAUUUAUGGAAAAAAUUUAAGCACAAUAUAUAGUCAAUUUUUUUUAUUAAAAGCAUAUUUUGAAGAAAAACAAAUACCGCACUAUGUAAAACCCCGUUGAUACUCAUUUGUAAAUUUUUUUUAUUCUCGUUAUUAUCUAAUACUCUCUUAUGUAGGGAACAUCCAUAAUAAUGUUUUUUUUAUCAUUCAAUUAAUUAUCUAUAUAUUCUACCUAGUAAGAAUUUCUUUGAUUUUAAAACUGACUUCUUCUUUGUGCAAUUUAUCUAUAAUGAUAAUGUUAGAAAAAUAUUACCUACAUUAAUCGAAUUCCUUAAGUUUUAAUAAUAAU